UUAUAUUUUUCAUCGAAUUUGUUGAUCGAUUGCCUCAUUCAAUCUUGAUUGCUCGUUCGAUACAGAAUGUCAACUCAUUUAGAAUCAGAGUUGAAAUCAAAAUUGUUAAAACGAAAAUAUCGUUUGGAACAAUCUAAUUUGCCUGAAUAUCCGGCAAAAUGUUCAACACCAUCAUCCGAACGAUCAUCAUCACCAAUAUCUGAAUGUCCAUCAUCAUCAUCUGUUUUGGUCGGAUCGACAGCUAAAGAAGAUAAUAAUUCAAAGCGUAAAAAAUACGGUAAUCAAUUCAAACUAUCAUCAUCAUCAAUUAUAACAAAUCCAAAGAAUGAUACGAUUGUUGACCGACAACAACAAAGUGUUCGCUAUGAAUAUAUGAAAUUAAAAGAUGUACAGCGUUUGUUUCCAUUAGCCUCUAAAAAGUUGGUUUCCAUCUAUGGCAUAAUUGUUUCAUACACUGUAGAUGGUAUCAUGAUCAUCAAAGAUGAGACUGAUCGACUACGUUUUUACCAUAAUUUGCCAAUAAACAUUGUUACUUCUCGACUCACAACAACAAUCGAAGCAGUAACCGCCGAUGAUAGUCCUUCAAUUACCAACGAGAACGAUGGUUUUUCAUACAAAACUGGUGAUAUAAUUCGCAUUCAUCGUUUGACAUUAAAUUGUAAUUUCAUGCAUCGAGCUGUUCCUCGAAACGUUGUGAUCUUUGAAUCAUUUACAGAUGAGGAACAAUUCAGACCGAUCACAGUGGCAGAAAAUCCCACUAUUGAAACCUAUGAUCUUAAACGAGUGGAAGAAUUAAAUAAGUGGCAGAUUUUCAAUUUAUUGGAAACACCAUUGAUAAAAUUACUGUCUAAAGAGCGAAAAUGUGAUGUGAUGAAUGUAGCAUUGCUCGUGUUAAACGUAUUUGAUUCCGAAAAACGAACUACUCUUUGUUGUUGGACUCCAUCAUCGGAAUUAGUGGCCGAACAUCCUUGCCAUCUAUCAAUGUCUUUCAAAUGUAUUGCUACCGUCAUGGAACAGAAUGAAGAUUGCCAUUCGUUCUCACAUCGUAUGAUUAGUCGUCUUUAUUACAAAAAGCAAUUAAUCUUCCUAUUUAUAUUUGGUAAACACCGAAAUCAAGCGAUUAAAUUUAAAUGUGGUGAUACGAUAAUUGUCUAUGAAGUUGUUCGUAAACCGGAUGAAUUUUAUCCUAGUCAUUAUUCAUACAUUCUAUACGAUAAUUCUGCUUAUGGCCAAUGUAUUCGUCGUGCUCAUCCUAAUUCACUAAUCGCUAAACAGAUGCAUCAAAAGAUGGAAGAAUAUGUAAAGAAUCCGCCACAGAUUUUAGAGAUGGAUCGAUCCGAUUUAGAUCAUACAUUCGAUGAAUCUUUGGAUCCACGACAUGACUAUAUAAAGACCCUUAAAGAACAUGAAACAGAACAUGAGUCAGAAUUGUUUAGCGAAAAUCAAUCUUCCAACAACAUGGUAAUUAAUGAACAAAAUGAAUCAAGAGCGGAAAAAAAUAAAUCUGAAUCAUUCGAUGUUGGAUUACUUGAUGAUUCAUUUGAUGAUUUUAUUGAUAACUUAUCAUAUAUAUCAAAUGAAACCUCUUCUAAUCAAAAUGUUGAUUCAAGAAUGAAUCUUUCUCCUAAAUCGUUGAAAGAAACAACGGAAAUAAUUAUGGCACUUGAUCCAUGUCAAUUAUUCGAUAUCGAUGACCAAGAUUUAGAAAUCAUUAAUAAGCAUCUGGAAAUGAGACAUACAAAACAACUCAACAUAGAAAGAGCGGCAAAGAAAGACAUUCCAUUGUUCAAUUCUAUACAACAAAUAGAAGAAUUACCCAUUGGUAGUCGUGUUCGUCUCGAAUCCGAUCUUUAUACCUUUUAUGGCCAAACUCAGAAAGGUGAACAAUUCUUCGAUUCGAUUGAUAGAUUUCAUUCAUUCGUCACAGUAGUCAUCUGCCAGAAUGAUAAUCACGAUGGACAUAGCUGUGGAUAUCAAUCUUCAUUGGAAGAAUAUCAUUCCACCAUUAAUGAACCGACUGAUGAAAGAAUUGAACAACUUCGUUGUCCCGAUUGUAAUCAAUUCACCUGCGAACUUUGCCUAGAUUUGACCAUCAUACUGAAUGAUUGUCAUGAAAACCAUCUCGAAUGUCAUUGGACUGGCUUACAUUCUAAUCGUUAUUUUGGUUGUACAACCAAAGAUUUAUAUUCGAUCGGCAAUCAUCAUCAUCCAGCCAAUAAUAGACCAUUGUUAUUUGUAAGAAUUAAUGCCCUUCUUAAAUAUUUAUGGAAUGCAUCUAGAAUUUUAAGUGAUAAAAAUGUUCGACAUGUCAUAUGGACAUUAGCCUUAUGUCGUUCUACACAAUCGGAAUCAGGAGUCGAAUAUCAAAUCGAAGAUGUUAAAGUAUAUAAAUCGAAAAAAAUUUAUCGAAUCUAAAAAACAAUGUCA